GCCGGCGGCCUGGGCCGCGCGGUCCUGGCAGGAGCCGGCGAGCCUCGCACGCCGUGCAGUGCGCCGGCUGUCCGGGAGAUGGCUUCUCCCCGCUCGCCCGCCGCUCGCGCUAUUGUCUCACCCGGGGCCGCCUGACUGCGAGCUCGUGCACGCUCCCGGCAGACAGCACCGGGCCCCGGACCGACCCCCACACCCGUCGAUUGCCUUGUGCAUCCCCGGCAGCGGGGACCGCAGAGCCGGCGUGGGGCGGGCGAGGGGAGCGGGCGGCACUGAACAUCGCGCGGGAGCCGGCGCCUCCCGGACGGAGCCUCAGAGCGAGCUGGGGCGUGGGAGCCCAAGUCGCCCAGCUACGACAGUCAGGGUGUCGCGGCGGAACCCGCGGCCAGCGCAGGUCCCAAGUCGACAUGUACCAGCCGUCCAGUCCUGACACUGGCAGGAAGUAGAAGGCUUUGUUGUCUCUUGUGGCCACACCCUCAUCAUGUCUUCGACUCAGGGCAAUGGGGAGCACUGGAAGUCCCUGGAGUCGGUGGGCAUCAGCCGCAAAGAACUGGCCAUGGCUGAAGCCCUGCAGAUGGAGUACGAUGCUCUUUCCCGCCUCCGACAUCACAAGGAGGAGAAGAGGGCCAAGCAGAACACAGAGCCCUCUCUCAUCAGCUGGGACCAGCCAGCCUUGGACUUCUACGGCAAGCCAGCCGGCAGGAGGGCAGACCUCAAACUCUUGCGUGGUCUUUCUGGCUCUGAUCCUACCCUGAAUUACAACUCCAUCUCCCCACCAGGAGAGCUCCCCAACUCUACCUCCCAAGAUCCCCAGCCUGGCCCAGAUCCCUGGCCCAAGGGCUCCCUGCCUGGAGACUAUCUCUAUAUUUUUGAUGGCUCAGAUGGGAGGCUCUCUUUGUCUCCAGGAUCGGGUGACCCAGACGGCUCUAGCAAGAAACUAUCCCCACCUCCUCUGCCUCCUCGGGUCUCUAUCUGGGAUGCCCCUCCCUUGCCUCCCAGAAAGGGGUCCUCCUCACCCUCUAAGAUCUCUCAGCCUAAUGACAUCAACAGCUUUUCCUUGGUGGAACAGCCACCUGACAAACUGUUAGGGCCCCAGGACCCAGAAGAGGAAGAGCUGCCUGAUGGUGGAGGACAGCGACACAUGCGGGGGUCUGUGGACUAUGAUGGCAUUAAUGAUGCAAUUACAAGACUCAACUUGAAGUCAACUUACGAUUCGGAGAUAUUGUCUGAUGCUACCAGGGGCUGGAAGGAGGGCCGAGGGCCCCUGGACUUCAACAAGGACACCUCUGGAAAACCUGUGGCCCGGAGCAAGACGAUGCCCCCUCAGGUGCCCCCCCGAACCUAUACUUCCCGAUAUACCAACCGAAAAAAUGCGACACCUGGUAAUAACCGCCGGAUUUCUGCUGCUCCGGUGGGCUCCCGGCCCCACACCAUCGCCAGUGGUCAUGAAUUGUUUGAGGUCUCAGAGGAGAGAGAUGAGGAAGUUGCUGCGUUUUGCCACAUGCUGGAUAUCCUUCGGACAGGCUCUGACAUCCAGGACUAUUCCCUAACUGGAUAUGUCUGGAGCACUGUCACCCCGAGCCCAGAGCAUCUUGGGGAUGAAGUCAACCUGAAGGUGACUGUGCUGUGUGACAGUCUUCGGGAACCACUCACUUUUACCUGCAACUGUUCCUCCACUGUGGACUUGCUCAUCUAUCAGACCCUCUGCUACACCCAUGAUGAGCUGAGGGAGGUGGAUGUGGGUGACUUUGUGCUCAAGCCCUGCGGGCUGGAGGAAUUCCUCCAAAAUAAGCAUGCCUUGGGCAGCCAUGAGUAUAUCCAAUAUUGCCGCAAGUUUGACAUCAACAUCCGACUCCAGCUGAUGGAGCAGAAGGCCAUACGAAGUGACCUGGCCCGCACGGUGAAUGAUGACCAGAGCCCUUCUACCUUGAACUACCUCAUCCAUCUCCAAGAGAGGCCAGUCAAGCAGACCAUCAGCAGGCAGGCCUUGAGUCUUCUGUUUGACACUUACCACAAUGAGGUGGAUGCCUUCCUGCUGGCUGAUGGGGAUUUCCCACUGAAGGCGGACAGGGUGGUCCAGUCUGUCAAGGCCAUCUGCAAUGCUCUAGCUGCCGUGGAGACUCCUGAGAUCACCAGUGCUCUCAACCAGCUGCCUCCCUGCCCCUCACGCAUGCAGCCAAAAAUCCAGAAGGAUCCCAGUGUGUUGGCUGUGAGGGAAAACCGAGAGAAGGUGGUUGAAGCCUUGACGGCAGCCAUCUUGGACUUGGUGGAGCUGUAUUGCAGCACAUUCAAUGCCGACUUCCAGACCGCGGUGCCUGGGAGUCGAAAGCAUGAUUUGGUCCAAGAGGCCUGCCAUUUCUCUGGGGCCCUGGCCUUCACUGUCUAUGCCACUCACCGCAUUCCCAUCAUCUGGGCUACCAGCUAUGAAGAGUUCUACCUCUCCUGUUCCCUCAGCCAUGGAGGCAAGGAACUGUGCAGCCCCCUGCAGACUCGACGGGCCCACUUCUCCAAGUACCUGUUCCACCUCAUCAUCUGGGACCAGCAGAUCUGCUUUCCAGUGCAGGUGAACAGGCUGCCUCGGGAGACCCUGCUGUGUGCCACACUCUAUGCCCUGCCCGUUCCCCCUCCUGGGAGUUCCUCUGAUGCCAAUAAGCAGAGGAGGGUACCUGAAGCCCUGGGCUGGGUCACUACCCCUCUCUUCAACUUCAGGCAAGUCUUGACCUGUGGCCGGAAGCUUCUAGGCUUGUGGCCAGCAACACAGGAAAACUCUGGUGCCCGCUGGAGUGCACCUAAUUUCCACCAGCCAGACAGUGUCAUCCUGCAGAUUGACUUCCCCACCUCGGCCUUUGACAUCAAGUUCACCAGUCCCCCCGGAGACAAGUUCAGCCCCCGCUAUGAGUUUGGCAGUCUCCGGGAGGAGGACCAACACAAACUCAAAGACAUCACGCAGAAGGAGUCCCUGUACUGGCUCUCCGAUGCUGACAGGAAGCACCUGUGGGAAAAGCGCUAUUAUUGCCACGAGGAGGUGAGCUCCCUCCCCCUGGUGCUCGCCAGUGCACCCAGCUGGGAGUGGGCUUGCCUGCCGGACAUCUAUGCUCUCCUGAAGCAGUGGACACACAUGAACCACCAGGAUGCCCUGGGGCUCCUGCAUGCCACCUUCCCGGACCAGGAGGUGCGUCGGAUGGCCGUGCAGUGGAUCGGCUCUCUGUCGGACGCAGAGCUGCUGGACUACCUGCCCCAGCUCGUACAGGCCCUGAAGUAUGAGUGCUACCUGGAUAGCCCCUUGGUGCGCUUUCUCCUGAAGCGAGCCAUCUCUGACCUGAGAGUGACCCACUACUUCUUCUGGUUACUGAAGGAUAGUCUCAAGGACUCUCAGUUCAGCAUCCGCUACCAGUACCUGCUGGCAGCCUUGCUGUGCUGCUGUGGCAAGGGCCUGAGGGAGGAGUUUAACCGCCAGUGCUGGCUUGUCAAUACCCUGGCCAAACUGGCCCAGCAGGUCCGAGAGGCCACCCCAUCUGCACGCCAGGGCAUCCUUCGCACGGGCUUGGAGGAGGUGAGGCAGUUCUUUGCCCUCAACGGUUCAUGCCGUCUGCCGCUUAGCCCCAGUCUGCUGGUGAAGGGCAUUGUGCCCAGGGACUGUUCCUACUUCAAUUCCAAUGCGGUCCCCCUGAAGCUCGCCUUCCAAAAUGUGGAUCCCUUAGGUGAGAACAUCCGGGUCAUCUUCAAGUGUGGGGAUGACCUUCGCCAGGACAUGCUCACCCUGCAGAUGAUUCGAAUCAUGAGCAAGAUCUGGGUGCAGGAGGGGCUGGAUAUGCGCAUGGUCAUUUUCCGAUGCUUCUCCACUGGCCGAGGGAGAGGGAUGGUGGAGAUGAUACCCAACGCCGAGACCCUGCGCAAGAUCCAGGUAGAGCAUGGGGUGACUGGCUCCUUCAAGGACCGUCCCCUGGCCGACUGGCUGCAGAAACACAACCCUGGGGAGGAUGAAUACGAAAAGGCUGUGGAGAACUUCAUCUACUCCUGCGCUGGCUGCUGCGUGGCUACGUACAUCUUGGGCAUCUGUGACAGACACAAUGACAACAUCAUGCUGAAGACCACCGGGCAUAUGUUCCAUAUAGAUUUCGGCCGCUUCCUGGGCCAUGCGCAGAUGUUUGGCAAUAUCAAGAGGGACCGGGCCCCCUUUGUCUUCACCUCGGACAUGGCGUAUGUCAUCAACGGGGGUGACAAGCCUUCUAGCCGCUUCCAUGAUUUUGUUGACCUUUGCUGCCAAGCCUACAACCUCAUUCGCAAGCACACCCACCUCUUCCUCAACCUUCUGGGCCUGAUGUUGUCCUGUGGCAUCCCUGAGCUCUCCGACCUGGAGGACCUCAAGUAUGUGUAUGAUGCCCUGAGGCCUCAGGACACAGAGGCCAAUGCCACCACCUACUUCACAAGGUUGAUAGAGUCCAGCCUGGGCAGCGUAGCCACGAAACUCAACUUUUUCAUCCAUAACCUGGCUCAGAUGAAGUUCACGGGCUCAGAUGACCGGCUGACCCUUUCCUUUGCGCCCCGAACACACACGCUCAAGAGCUCUGGCCGUAUCACUGAUGUUUUUCUCUGCCGUCACGAGAAGGUCUUUCACCCCAGCAAGGGCUAUAUAUAUGUGGUAAAGGUGAUGCGAGAGAACGCUCAUGAGGCAACUUACAUCCAGAGGACGUUUGAGGAGUUCCAGGAACUGCACAAUAAGCUGCGCCUGCUCUUCCCUUCUUCCUUCCUACCCAGCUUCCCUAGUCGCUUUGUGAUUGGCCGCUCCCGGGGAGAGGCGGUGGCUGAGCGGCGGAGGGAGGGACUAAAUGGCUACAUCUGGCACUUGAUCCACGCAGCUCCCGAGGUGGCCGAGUGUGAUCUGGUCUAUACCUUCUUCCACCCCCUCCCCCGGGAUGAGAAGGCUUCAGGCACCUGCCCCGCUCCAAAGUCCUCAGAUGGGACAUGGGUCCGGCCGGUUGGGAAUGUCGGUGGGGAGGUGAAGCUGUCGAUUUCCUACAAAAACAACAAGCUCUUCAUCAUGGUGAUGCAUAUUCGGGGCUUGCAGCCACUCCAGGAUGGGAACGACCCUGACCCCUAUGUAAAGACUUACCUCCUUCCUGACCCUCAGAAGACCACAAAGAGGAAAACCAAAGUGGCCCGGAAAACUUGCAAUCCUACCUACAAUGAAAUGUUGGUGUAUGACGGGAUCCCCAAGGGAGACCUGCAACAGAGAGAACUCCAGCUGAGUGUGCUAAGUGAGCAAGGAUUUUGGGAGAACGUGCUCCUUGGGGAGGUACACAUCCGCCUUCGGGAGCUGGACCUGGCCCAGGAGAAGACCGGCUGGUUUGCACUGGGAUCUCGAGGUCACGGAACCUUAUGAGCCCGGUCAUGGCCUAGACCUGCAGCUGCUGCCCAGAGCUGGAGAAGUCUCUCCCUGCCUGACUCAUUUGCUAGGAAGCAGCAGAGCCCUCGGUGGCCUUUCCCACGGUCCAGGUGGACCUGACCUUGGUGAGGGGCUGGAAGAGGCCAGCACUGUCCGCUGCCCCUUCCUCAGCAGGCUGCACUUGGGUUGAUUGUGGGGAACAGCCCCUUGGAGCUGUGGGGUUGCAGCAAAGUUUUAAGUUUACCUUGUGUCAAGGGAGCAAUGCCUGCUUUGGGGUGUGUGGAGCGCAGGCUGUAUGAAGUAGCACUUGGGGGAGGGUGGGUGGACGUUUUUACUUUUAUUUUUAAAAAAUGAAAUAGUAAUGUUGUCCUAACUGGGACAGGAAGCUUUGUGAGAGGGGCCUACCGUGCCUCAGAAGGCAAACGAGGACUAUUUGGGGUUUUUUUUUUUGUAUGAUGAAAGUUCUUAUUGGACUUUUCCCCAUGAUUUUUUGGGUUUUGUUUUCUAGCUAUAGGAAAUGUUGGGGAGGGCCCCCCAGUAGGUCCUCAGUGAAGCCCUCCCCCCUCUCAGGCGCACUGGGGAAGGGUGGGGAGGACUCACUGGCUGCUGGGCUGAGGCCCUCUUCGGGCCGUCCCAUUUUGCCUCCAAAGGAGAGCAACGUGAUACCUAUGUGUGUAAGGAAGGGCCUUCCAUGUCAGGGUUCUGCCAAGGACCUAUAUUCAGGGACCCAUGCUCUUUUAGGGCAAAGUUUUUCCUCUCUUCUCCCCCUGCUGGUCGGAUUGGACUCUUAACGCUUUCUUCUCCCCUCCCCCUCUGAUCUCUCAGCCCUCUGGGGGGGGGGUCCUGGUGAAUACACUGGGGUGCUUCUAUACCCUAUCUUGUUUGAUGGGACAAAAUGCUGCCAACCCUUAGCUCUGGGCCACACCUGUAGGGGGCAGGUGCGUCAUGGCCACUUGCUGCACAGUUUCUGGAAUACGUUCCCCGUGACCCUCUACUGCUUUCUCUCCCAAACCCUGUUUCUGUCACACUUCCAAAGGAAUUUCAUUCGGUAGGGCCACAAAGCUGUUUAGUGUGUAGACAAAGGGUGCCCAGGCCAUAGCCAAGGAGGCUGGAGAGAGGUGAAGAUCGGUCAAUGCAAUUGUUUCUUCUGGUUAUCUUCCUGGCCAGAAGGAGGCUGCAUUGGAGCACAUACUCUUUAGAAAACAAACAGAAGAUUAUUUCAACACACAUCUUUCUUACGUGGUGCUAGGGGUCAACCCAGGGUUCUUUGAGUGCUAGGCAAGCGCUCUACCACCAUGCUGCAUCCCCAGCCCACCUCAUACUCUCUGUUCCUCACCAGAUGAAUUUAAAAUCCACUGGAGUGUCUCUUCAAAGAGUUGUCUUAUUUAAAAAGUGAGCGAUAGGGACUCCAUUUAACUUUUUUGUUUAUUGAGACAGGGUCUCGGCUAUGUAGACCAGGCU